AUGGUUGGCGGUCAUGGGCGCACUAGGAGCAUGAGCAUCAGCGAUGCUAUCGAGAGAGGGAGACGGCGCGCGCACAGUGUUACCGCGACUGAAGUGGUGGAGACACUGAAGGCACCGAUCAGUUACAGGCUUGUUGUUCUGUGCAUGACUUGGUACCAAUGCAGGUAUCUCGUGUCGGCACUAUCGAAUACCUCCUCAAAGAGCAUACUGAAUGCGCUGCCGAGACCGGUCACGCUCACCAUCGUUCAAUUCGGCUUCGUGUCGUCGUGGUGUAUCCUGUUGGCGAUCAUUGCGCGCUACGUGCCCCUCGUCGGAAGAGCCAUACCAGGACUGCAGGGCGGUUUGAGGUAUCCAAGCAGACAUGUCAUCUAUACCACGGCGCCACUCGCGGUUUUCCAGGUCAUGGGUCAUAUCGCGAGCUCCAUGGCGACGAAUAAGAUUCCCGUGUCGCUGGUCCAUACGAUCAAGGGCAUGUCGCCGCUCUUCACUGUUGCCGCCUACCGCUUCAUCUUCAACAUCCAAUACAGCACCGCAACCUACCUCUCCCUCGUCCCGCUGACCCUCGGCGUAAUGCUCGCCUGCUCGGUCGAGUUCCGUGGCAACUUUCUCGGCGUUUUCAAUGCCUUCUUCGGUGCCAUCGUCUUCGUCACGCAAAACAUCUUCUCCAAGAAGCUGUUCAACGAGUCUUCGCUCGCCUCGGAAACGAUGGUUCCGAUCCACCGUAGGAAGCUGGAUAAACUUAACCUCCUUUGCUACUCCAGCGGGCAGGCGUUUCUGCUCACCUUUCUGCCGUGGCUCUACAUCGAAGGAGGGACACUCAUGAGCCAGUAUCACAACACCGGUGGCCUCGUGCUCACGGAUAAGCCGGGGAAGCAUGGCCAGCCGGCUCUCACGGGCUGGGAGCUAGUCGCCGAGUUCGUAUUCAACGGAACCGUGCAUUUUGGUCAGAACAUCAUUGCGUUUGUACUGCUGAGCUUGGUGUCGCCGGUUACGUACUCGGUUGCUUCGCUCAUCAAGCGGAUUUUCGUCAUCUUGAUGGCUAUUGCUUGGUUCGGGAAUCCGACGACGGGUUUACAAGCGUGCGGGAUUGCGCUUACCUUCCUCGGAUUAUACCUCUACGACCGCGCUGGUGAUACUACGCGUAAGGAGAAGGCGCUGAGAGCCUCGCAGCUGAAACACGAAGAGCCACUCCUGCCAUUGAGCUCUGACCACAGCACUGGCGGCGGAGGUCACCACAUCAAACACACCAGUGUAAGUCACGGUAAUGGAUUCAUUGAGUCGAGUUCUACCAUCAAAGAGUGA